AUGUCGCUGGUUUUGUAUUGCGCAUUUAAGGCGAUUGAAAACAUCGAUGCCCGUUUUCAACCACCGGCACUUGAAAAGGGACACGCACAGUACGACAACGACCAUGUGUAUGGUGUUAAAAAAGUGAACACCGACAUUGAAGCGAAGUGCUUGUCACAGCAAAGCAGGCAUGCUUACGACGUUGACCUACAAGUGUCGAUCACGCCCCUAGAAAUUCUCAGGAACAAUUGUACGUGUCGUUACGGCGCCCUGAGCAACUGUAAACUCUGCGCAGCGGUGGCACUCUACGUAAACCUACACGAGGACGCUUCGUGCAUGACCGGCUCGCAGACAGGGAAGAGCUUUCUACAGAACUUCGGUGGGAUGCGAGUCGGUUCAGGAGCUCUGCAUUCUCACUACUGGCCAGUCAAGUUGUCCGAGGUAACAACGGUUCUGAAACCAUGGCAUAGGUGUACUGCUGACGUCGUUGUUUUUAUUAUGUUUAUAUUGUCUAUGUAUCUAUGGAUAUGGUACAAGGAACGAAAAGUGCGAAUCAGCAGCACUGGAGCACAUACCAUCUUACACACACGCAGAGGCCCCAAACAUGUACUGCACAGCAUUCUGAAGUCCAGUUUUUUUUUUUUUUUUCGUCUGAGGCUACGAUAUAUGAUAAGUCUCAAGAUUCGUGGAUCUAAGCAGUAUGAAUUACUUAUGUGUUUCAUAGGAAUAUGUAUGGAGCCGGUGGCUAGGAAGAACUUUGAGCAGCAGCAUGGUGUGACAGUGACAGGGGUUCUGUACCCUGUAGGGGUUGAUGAUGCCAAGGAUGUGCUGCUGUACACAGAUGCCGCAGCCUACAUGCACAAGGCUGCUGAUCUCCUGAAGACCUUCUGCCCCCAGAUGACGGCACCACCUGUCAAAGCCCCAGCUUGA